GCUAGAUCUCAGAGCUGCGUGUGAUUCAUUUAUCCUCCCCGACAAGAUGAAAACUUGCCUUUGCUGAGACGCUGCUCUUAAUUUCAACAUAAACCAAAGCAUUCCUGCAGUCAUGCUGUUUGCACAGACUCAGUGGACAUUGAUGUGUUUCCUCCUGCACAUAACAGCGGUUAUAGGGCUACAAAGCAGAAUCUGUGCUUUAAAAGGUUCAUCAGUGGAUCUGCCGUGCUCCGCUCAACAUGCCACCUCAAACAUAAGCUGGUACACUGUACACACAAAAGGCUCCGAGAAUGUCCUGACAGAGCUCUCUGCGGAUGGAAACAAUGGAACAUACGGCAUGGCGAAAGACAAUAACUUUACUCUGACAAUCAAAGUUUUGAGAGAAAGAGAUGCAAAGUCUUACUGCUGCAAAGAAAGUACAGAGAACCCACAAUCCUGCUUGAACAACCAAACUGAGCUCCAUGUUUCAGAGCUGCAGGUAAAGGUGAUUCCUGGCACAGAGGGACAGACAGUAACACUGAUGUGCAGCAGCAGCUGUCCUCUGACUGAAAAGCCUGCAGCCUACAUCUGGUACAAGAACAGAGAGUUUCUCUAUGAGGACUGGUCUCCCUGGUACAGAGAGCUGCUCAGCAGUGAGGAAGCAGUCACAUACUCCUGUGCUGUCAAAGGCUACGAGGAUCUCAGAGCCCCUGAAGUCUCCGUGGAUUCUGUAACUAAAACCUGUUUCAGUGUAACUUACACUGAAAGCAGCAUGUGUUCUCAGAAGCUGAAAUCAAAGGACCAGUUCUGCUCCAUCACAUAUCCAACAGAUUUGCAGGUUCAAAUGACUUUUGUCAGGAACUUUGUCAUUCUGACCUGUAACACCGGCUGCCCUGUGGGUGAUGCUCACACUGCAUAUAAGUGGUACUGGAACAGAAAGUUAUACAGUGACUGCGAGCGUCAAGACAUUACAAUAAUCAAACCCAAAGCAGACUUCUUCUCCUGCGCUGUAAAAAGCAAUGAAGAUGUGCUCUCUCAUGAAUCCUGCAUCAACAAUGCAAACUGCAUGGCUGUGAAUUACGUCAGCAGAAGAAUCUGUGCCCUGGAAGGUUCCUCUGUGAACAUUACAAGUCAAUACUUGAGCCAUUCCGUCUAUAAGUAUAAAUCGUGGUAUAAAGUAAAGCUUGGUGGUGAGGAGGAUGACUGUGAGGUCUUUGAAGAAGCUACAGGCCGUGUGAAGUAUUAUGACAGCAUGAAAAACGAGCAUACACUGAGAAUUAAUGAUGUGAAGAGGAAUGACUCGGCUGAAUACUCAUUCAGACUUGCAAACUAUAUUGAUCACUGUAAUUUACCUGGAGUGAUGUUAGUUGUCACAGGUGUGAAAGUGACCGUGAGUCCUUCUGCAGUGGUGACAGAGGGUCAGAGAGUCACACUGACCUGCAGUACCAGCUGUCCUCUGACUGACAACACAAACUACAUUUGGUACUUGAACAGUCGACCAGUCGGCCACCAAACUAAGCAUCUGAUCCUGGAUCCAGUCAGCAGGGAGAAUGAAGGGAACUAUUCCUGUGCUGUGAAUAGUCCUCAGAACAUUAGCUCAGCUGAGAAGGCUCUCACCGUCAAAGCUCUAGAAAAAAAAGUAGCAGGGCUGAACAUAUUGAAAAUUACUCUUUUCUCGCUGAUCCCUGCAGUUGUAUUUCUACUCUACAUGAAAACAAGGAAGAAGAAAACUGUGACUGCUACUGCUGAACAAAGUGACAGGGAACAACCUGGACAGAGGGAUCAGCUGUAUGAGUGUGUUGAACUGAAGCCUGCUGCACAGUGAAAACCAGCAGAGAAGCAGGAAGACACUGUGCAACAUCUGGUUGGGUAGCUUGUAGACUUCCUCUUCCUCUCGUGUGCAGAGCAUAAUCUGAAUACAAUCGAUCUUAUUCAUUUAGAUUCAUGCUGGCAAAAUAUGAUCUUGCAUGUGUAAAAAGACAAACAGGCCUGCAAACUUAGAGUGUGUCAAACUUGAGGCCUGUACUGCAAAGCAGGAUUUCUUCUUAUCCAGGGCAUCUUUAGCUUUGACCUUUGCUUUUCUGUACCAAUGUUAGCUUUUUAUUGGGGUACAUUGCCGUGAUAACUUAGAAACCCGUAGGUAUUAUAUCACAAUAGCAUCGCCAUUCCUAAAAGAUCCCUGGUACCCCUGGGCAGUUUCUCAACACUGUCUAAUAUCUUUGUGUUUCCCCAGUGAGCUCCAGUAAUAAAUAUAGUUCUUGGCCACAGCAUUAUUCGUUACUUUUUCCUGUCGACUCCAAACACGUUUACAACUAUUUUACUGUUCUAUAAGCAUGAAUAUGCGAUCCUAAUAAGGAACACCUGUUUGUACUUCCUGAUAUAUCAAAUUUGCAAGUAGACUAAUCCUACAUUUGAAUAGAGUUUUUAUAGUCGUUCUUUACGUGCUCUCGGAGAGUUAAGCACCACUGUGGCUGCAGAUGAUUGAAUAAAGACUAAAAUGGUUCUUUAAAUAAUAAUUUAAUUAAAUACUUGAUAAUAAGUUCCCUCGUGUCUUAAUAACAGAGCUGUGAUACUGACAAUCUGUAUCUUUGUCAGCUUUCUUGGUUUCAACUGAGCUAAACUGUAUUAAUAUAGCUGAUUUUGUCCACUCGUAUUGCUCUGCAACAGCUGUGUUACUUUCAGUCUGUAAUUUGUAUUUAACCUCUUUGUAUUUUUCCCAUAAUGUAGUUUAAUGUUGUUGUAUGAAAUCAGAUGUUCUGCUGUCCGUACACUUGAUCCAUAAUCGUGACUGGUGAAAUGCUGCCAACACCACCCCGUUCAUGUGAACACACACAUGUUAACCCUAACAUGUGCAACAUAUGUUGAGCUUGUUUUGUAUUAAAGAGCCCAGUAGGUCACAAAAAUGACAGAUAACUUUGUAUUAUCAUCUUCCUGCUUUAUAUCAUGCAGUGGUGGUGGUGAAUUUAGUGUAAUUAUCUUCGAUCUCUAUUUGAAGGCCUACUUUUCAUUAAAGAUGAUAAAUCCUGCUUUUCCUGUGAACUUUCACAUAUUAGUGAUGCUGUUAGAAAAUAAAUAGCCAGUUUUGCAUGUUGUGCUUAAAUCCUUUUCAGGUUUCAUUUUUCAUAUUUUAAUUGCCAUGAUUAUCAUUUUUAGUUUAUUAGUUUGUUUUGACUUGAUUUUGACCAUCUUUAAUUAGGACUGUGUCCCAGCCUCUGUAUGGCUUCUGUAUGGCAUCUUAACUUGACUGUUUUUAAAGGA